AUGAGAUCACUAAAAUUUCUUGUAGUUUUACUGUGCGAUUUAUUUCUAGUCACCAAGAUCGUUUAUGGGAAUCCUAAAAUGAAAGCUGUUCUAUUUACACCCGGUGGCGCAGAGAACCUACAUAUCGGCACAGCUCCAAAGCCAACAGCCGAAGAGACACGAGUGUUGAUUCGCGUGGAAUACACGGCAUUGAAUCGGGCAGAUACUCUCCAAAGGCGAGGACUCUACCCUCCCCCUGCUGGGGAAUCGGACAUUCUUGGACUUGAGGUGUCUGGUGUGAUAGAGGAGGUGGGAGAAGAAUGUGUUAGGAAAUGGAAGUAAGUUGUUAUUUUAAGCUUUGUACCGUCCUGUAUCGUCACACACUCUUCACAGGCGCUGAUCGAAUACUGCUUUAGGACCGUAAGGGUAGAUGUAGGAUGGAUUACUGAAGUAGAAUAACAGUUGCAGUGCAAUUGUUUGGAAUGUUUAUUUUAGCUACUUAUUCCAGAUGGAUCUUUCUGUGCCAAUCACAAAACCCACCUUCCCCCCCCCCUCACACCCCUUCUAUCCGAGCCUCUCUGCAUAAUGAAAUGCUGGUAAAACGUAGCUGAAUUUUUUUUGUUUUGUUUUUACUUUUACAGGAAAGGCGACAAAGUUAUGUCUUUAUUGGGAGGUCAGUACGUUAUUUCAUAAAGUCUUGCAGUUCUUUCUUUACCUUGAAAGCACCAGUGCCACAAGCAGCUAAGAGAAGAUUGGGGCAAUGACCUCUGUUCUCAUUGUUGGAAGGGAAGCGGUUCUCAACAAGCUUUGUUCUUUAGCCAAAAAAUUAUGCUAUGUAGAUACAGGGGUAUAGCAAGGAUAUUUUAAGGAUGGGAAGGUGUGUAGGUUAUUAAUUUAAUUGUGCCUUACAUAUAGGGGACUGACACAUGCUCUACUUCUUUAUAUAUAUGAUCUUGUAUCAUAAUGUAUGAAGGACAGGCACUAGAGAACAUUCAUGCCAUGUACCAUGCAGAUUCUUUAUAUUCGCAGUUUUUCGCAAACGAUAGUAUGAGAUUUGUGUUAAUCUAAUCACUUAAUGAAAAUUAUCUCUCAAAGGUAAGGGAUGGGUGAGUGAUGAGCACCUCAGGACUUCCCCCCCCCUUAGCCAUGUCCCCUGUAAUAACUGGCUUUUAUGGGCAUUUUAAUAUUCUAUAAUUGACUAAUUUGCUGUUUUCUGAUAAGGAGGAGGGUAUGCAGAAUAUGUUGCUGUUGAAGAGGUCCUUGUCAUGCCUGCACCUGAUUCUCUUGAACUUUCUGAAGCUGCAGCCAUUCCUGAAGCAUGGCUAACAGCAUAUCAACUUCUGCACUUUCUUGGGAGGGUUAGAAGUGGUGAUGUGGUGCUUAUCCAUGCUGGUGGCAGUGGUGUUGGAACAGCACUGGUACAACUGUCAUUAGUGGCUGGAGCACAGCCAUAUGUGACUGCAGGCUCAGAGGAAAAGAUCAAAAUGGCAGAGUCACUUGGAGCCAAGGGAGGCUUCAAUUAUAAGACAGGAGAUUUUUCCAACUGGAUAGAAAGUGUGACUAGAGGUGUUGUAUUAUUCAAAGAUAGUUCAUGAAUUCUUGAUGUUGUUUUGAUGACAAUGAAAAGCUUACAUGUCUGUUUUUGAAAACAAGUUGGUAGUAGACAUCUCCCUCUGUCUUCCUUUUCCUAACUUAAAACUUCCUUCUCUGGCAUCAACUGAGCCUUCACCUCCAAAGACCUGAUUUAAUAUUUCCCUAUAGACUGCUUCUAUAAUAAAAUUUUAAAUUUUAAAGGGAAAUUAGAAGGUUUGUCAAGAUAACACCUAAUCUCCUACCCGGACCCUACCGGUUAGCUGUAACUGAAAUACAUGGCUGUGGAAGGUCUGGGUACAAGAUCUAGAUUAGAUAACACAUUAGAAAUGAUCGAUUUGUCUCUUCUCAUCACUUGUUCACUAGACAGUGUAAUGAAACUGCAAGGUAAAGGUUGCAAUGGCAAGCUGUAAUUCUUAAUCUACAACAGUAUGUCUUGUGUCAAAGACAGCUCUUUCUGGCCCCCUUCCCUGCCCCUCCACCUCUCCUCCUUGAUAAUGUAAGAAAAUUCUACCAAAUGUUUCCUACAGCUUUCUGCCAAAGAAAAUACUGAGAUUAUAAACUGGAUACCAUAAUGAUACACUAAUAGAACUGUUAGCUGUACUAUCUACAAUGGUGCGAGGCCUUUGCACUCUGGCAACAUGCUACUUGUGUUAAGAUUUUUAGGAAUUUUUGCUAUUUCCUCAGGAAAAGGGGCAGAUGUAAUCCUUGACUGUGUUGGUAGUUCCUUCUGGGAGCAAAACAUUAGGAGCCUCGCUCUUGAUGGUCGUUGGGUACUGUAUGGUUUGUUAGGAGGAGGAAAUGUGAGUGGGAACUUACUUAGAGAUUUGUUAAAAAAGAGAGGAUCACUCAUAGCCACAACACUGAGAAGUAGAUCUCUUGAGGUAAGUUUAUUCAUCUUGAAGAGUGGUGUCCUAUAGGAAAUCAGAAAAGGAAAGUCUUUAAUUGCAGUGCAGUUUCCAUAUUGGUGAAAUGCAGCAAUCCUCUGCACUCCCUCAACAACCCUGUGACAAGGUCAAGAAAGACCUUGGAAAUGAGAUUCAGCCAAUCCCCUCCCUCCUCAUUUUUUUCAUGUCAAAGGACCCCCAGGACAUUUUGAAUUUCCUCUAUUUAACUAAAUUUUAAAUUUAUUCCUCAGUACAAGGCAGAAUUGGUGCAGGCAUUUACAGAAACCAUUGUUCCACUAUUUGCCACUGGUAAACUGAAGACCAUUGUGGACUCAGUGUUUACAAUGGAUCAGAUACAACUUGCUCAUAAGAAGAUGGAGUCCAACCAAAACAUUGGAAAAAUAGUUAUCAAGAUAGCUACACCUCAAGUAGAUGAAAACGUCACAAAAAAUAAAUCUGAACUCUGAUCUACAUUUGGCUCUCUAGGCCAGGUGUAGGUUAGCUUCUCAACCACUCACCCCUGGCAGGGGUAAAUGGUUGAGAAGCUAACAUGGUCGUUGAAGGGGUUUUUUGGCCCUCAUUAUGUACAGUUCUAGGGCAUAACAAUUAACUUACUGACCAAUACAAACUAUCCAUUAAUUUAUUCGAUCAUGAUAUUUAUCUGCAUAAUGAAAGACUGUGCUCGGCCAGGAAGCUUCCUACAAUCCUACAGCACCUUUGCUUUCAUAGUCUAUUUUUGCAUGAUUUUCAAGCCUGUAAUGUACUAUAUCUCGGGAGGAAAGGCUAUUGGCGUCGCAAAAGCAAAUGCCGAAGAACGAAGAACGUAGGUUCAGUUUUUUGACUGAUUCACUGAAAGGACAGCAAAGAACAGUAAUUUGGUCAAGCGACCAAAAAACGGUCACGAAUGAUGCAGCGAUGCACGAGUAUCUCAUUCUACGAAUAGAUCGGUUUGAGUGUCCAUUUUAGAGUAAGUUAGUGUAUAUUUUCC